GUUCAAGGUUGAAACCCAACAGGUGAGUCGUCUCACAUCGCGCCGCGCUCUUCUCUUACCAGCAAGGUAAUCACGUUCGCUCUCACCCAAGUAUACUCAGUUGAGCGCAGUUCGUCGACUAAACCAGUCGCCUUCGAAUACAAAUCAUGGUCGGCCGUGUUAUUUGGUCGCGCUUGUUAGUUUUAAGUACCCUGGUGUUGGCCGUGCUUAGUUUGCCCACACCGUCUGAGUCUGAGACAAAGAAAACGGGGAAUGAUGAUUUCAAUCCCGAAACCGACGAUUUCGUGCCCGCCGAUCGUUACUUAACUCACGAGGAAAUGAUUUCCUGGCUUCGGAGCGUAGCUCGUCGUCAUCCGAAAAUUGCCAAAGCUUUUUCGAUUGGCAAGAGCGAGCAGGGUCGCGAACUCCUUGUGUUAGAAUUGAGUCAUUCGGUUGAACGAGGUGAACGUGAUCUUCUUAUGCCGAUGGUGAAAAUGGUUGGUAACAUCCACGGAAAUGAAGUUGUCGGUCGCCAAUUGUUGCUUCGCACCAUCUCUCACUUGAUUCAAAAAAACAAUGUCGAUUCAAAAAUUACUCGUCUGUUGAACACCACCGAUAUCUUCUUUCUCCCCUCAAUGAAUCCUGAUGGCUUCGUUAAAGCUCGGGAAGGUGAUUGCUGGUCAGGCGGACCGGAGGGAGGCCGUCUGAAUGCUAAUAACAUUGAUCUCAAUCGGGAUUUCCCCGAUCAAUUCAAAACUGAAGACAAAUUAUUAAGAAGCCAAAGCGAAUUUCAACAAGGUAGAGCUUCUGAAACUCAAGCCGUUAUCAAAUGGAUUUUGGACAAUCCAUUCGUCCUCUCCGCAAGUUUACACGGAGGAGCCGUCGUGGCCAGUUAUCCUUAUGAUGGUUCCGGUACUGGUCAACACCAGGGAUUUUAUAGUGCUGCCCCAGACGACAAAGUAUUCCGCAAGCUCUCUCAAGAUUACGCUGACCGCCAUCCUUUAAUGAAAAAAGCCGACACAUGUGGUGUGGGAUUCAAAGACGGAAUUACUAACGGAGCGUACUGGUACGACUUGAAAGGCGGCAUGCAGGAUUUCAACUACGUCCACUCAAAUGCGUUCGAAGUUACAAUGGAGUUGUCCUGCUGUAAAUACGCUCCAGCUACGGAAUUGCCAGCGGAAUGGCAAUAUAAUCGUAGACCUCUCCUAAACUACAUUGCAUCUACCCAUCGCGGAGUGCGAGGUUUGGUCGUUGACAAGGAUACAAAGCGACCGAUCAGAAAUGCUUACGUUCACGUUUUUGGAAUUGACAAAAACAUCACCACUACAGAAAGAGGAGAAUACUGGCGCCUCUUAACUCCUGGCAGAUACACCAUUCAAUCUUACGCUGAAGGAUUUAACCCAAGCAGCAGCCGAAACAUUGAAAUCACAGAUAUUUAUACAGAACAACUCAAUUUUGAAUUGGAGCCAAAAGUUCGCCAAACGACCAUUACUCGCCUUAUUUGCGAUUAAAUGUAUAUCUAAUUAUAACAGGAAAGAGCGGUGUGCAACAUCCGGAAUCGGGAAAUUUUUUAAGAAUUGAAUGUUCGAAUUCAUGCAACAAACAGCCCUUUUCAGUAAAAUUAACCACCCUUUAUUUAUUGGUGAAAAUGAAAUGGUGGUAGGUCUCAAAAUCAAAUACACAGGGAGAAAAAAGUUCUGUUGUUAACGCUACAUCUUUUUCUCGAUUUUUCACACUCAAUAAUCCCAGACAUUUUAAUCAUCCGUAAUGAGUCAGAGCAAAAUUUAGUUUUGCAAUUUACGUCAGUAGGCUAUUAAAAAAUGAACAUGUAUAAAAUAAACGCACCUUAAAUAAAAUAAA